AUGACGGACGAUCAAGCAACGGCGGCGAUGGAAGCAACGACGGUGGAGAAGCAGCCACAGAAGGCCGAAGAAGUGACGACGAAGAGAAUGAUGGUUGCGAUCGACGAGAGCGAUUCGAGUUUCUAUGCUCUCCAAUGGGUCAUUGACCAUUUCUCUAACCUCCUCAUGACCACUGAGGCGGCUAAGGCAGAAGGUGGCUUGCUCACGGUGGUUCAUGUACAGCUUCCGUUUCAACAUUUUGCUGCCUUUCCGGCUGGACCGGGUGGUGCGACAGCAGUGUAUGCAUCUACGAGUAUGAGAGAGUCAGUGAAAAAAGCACAGCAAGAGGCCUCUGCAGCACUUCUCGCUCGUGCACUCCAAAUGUGCCGAGCCAAACAGAUACGUACUGAAACUCUAGUAAUUGAAGGCGAGGCAAAGGACAUGAUUUGCGAGGCAGCGGAACAAAUGCACGUUGAUCUUCUCGUUGUUGGUAGUCGUGGCCUUGGCAAGAUCAAAAGAGCGUUUCUUGGGAGCGUUAGCGAUUACUGUGCUCAUCACGCCCACUGUCCCAUCCUUAUUGUGAAGCCGCCGAAGGAGAUGUCUUAA